AUGCCUGCUGUAACUCUCGAGAACAACUCUGGCCUAGAGCAAGCCAAUCUCCACAAGCUGAACUUUCGUUCUCUUGUGAACAAGGAUGAGAAGUCACUUUCGACCUUGAUGUCUGCGUGCGAAAAUCAUGGCUUCUUUUACCUUGAUCUUCGAGACUGGGAAUCUAGCUCCAUGCUCAAGAACUACGAUUACAAACCACCUGGCGUGCAGUCUGGUGUCAACGAGAAUACACGCGAUGGUUUUGAAGCUUUGAGGAUCAGUCGUGUUCACCUGCUUAACCACAGCCAUCUCCCUGGCGUAGUGGCAGAGAACUUUGACUUAUUCAAAACGUUCCAACUCUCAGCCCACUUCGUGUUAAAGACGUUACUUACGCGCCUCUCCAAUGCAGUAGGCUUAGAGGGAAAAGAGCGUUUCGAGGAGUAUCACCCAGACGAUAUACCUUCCAAGAGCACGCUCUUCUUCUUACAUCAUCCCAUCAGUAAUACGCUCCAGGAUAAGACUGCCUAA